AUGGCUAAGACAAAUAAUGUGACUGAACUGAUCAUCACUGGCCUUUUCCAGGAACCAGAGGUGCAAAAGGUGUGCUUUGUAUUGUUCCUUCCUGUAUACCUGGCCACAGUGCUGGGCAAUGGCCUCAUUGUUGUGACAGUCAACAUCAGUAAGAGUCUGUGUUCUCCCAUGUACAUCUUCCUCAGCUCUUUGUCCCUGAUGGAGAUCUGCUACUCCUCUACUGUUGUUCCUAAGUUCAUCACUGACUUACUUGUAAAGAUUAAAACCAUCUCCCUGAAGGGCUGCCUAGCUCAGAUAUUCUUCUUCCACCUUUUGGGGGUUGCUGAGAUUCUUCUGCUUGUGGUGAUGGCCUAUGAUCGCUAUGUGGCCAUCUGCAAACCUCUCCAUUACAUGAACAUCAUGAGUCAUCAAGUGUGUCACAUGCUGGUAGCUGGCUCCUGGCUGGGGGGCCUCAUUCACUCUACCAUCCAGAUCCUCAUCACCAUUCCAUUGCCCUUCUGUGGUCCCAAUGUAAUUGACCACUACUUCUGUGACCUCCAGCCAUUAUUUAAACUUGCCUGCACUGACACCUUUAUGGAGGGGGUUAUCGUGAUGGCCAAUAGUGGUUUAAUCUCUAUUGUCUCUCUCCUUAUUUUGGUGUCCUCCUAUAUCACCAUCCUUGUGAAUUUGCGGAACCAUUCUGCAGAGGGGAGGCGCAAGGCCCUCUCCACCUGUGCCUCCCACAUUACAGUGGUCAUCUUGUUCUUUGGACCUGCUAGCUUCCUUUAUCUGAGACCUUCUUCUACAUUUACUGAAGACAAGCUUGUGGCUGUGUUCUACACAGUCAUUACUCCCAUGCUGAACCCCAUCAUCUACACCCUUAGAAAUGCAGAGGUGAAAAAUGCCAUAAAGAAGUUGUGGGACAAAAAGAGCUCAGAGGCAGAGCGAAUGGAGUAA